AUGUCAUUAGGAUUCACAUCUGUUGAUGUUUUGAGCUGCGACUGUUCCUCACUUCCCCAAGUCCUCAUCCACCAUGGCUUGUUCCCUACUGCACCAUCCCAGCCUUGUAUAGCAGUUUCACUUGACUUAUUGUCGUUUUACCAGACACUCUUCAAGCGCUCUUGUGAUGCAAUCAAUGCACACGUGUCUGCUCUCAAGAUGUAUUAUUCCCGCCAAGGCUUUCAAAUGACUGACAAAAAAGGUGAAUUAAUUCAUGACCCUUUCCAUCAUGGGCUUGACUAUGCAGUCCAAUGGUUCGACAUCCUGCAAAUUGAAGUCGAACGCCAACUCAACUCACUACUCCAGCAAUGUCAGGAUCGUGUUGCAGAGUUCAAGGCAUCAUUGCCAGCCCCCAAGAUAUUUCCUGACCAACAGCAACCUCCAGAGCCAGCCCCUUCCCCACCCAUCUCACGCCAGAAUCGAUGUUCGCCCCUUCUUGUCCAGCGGUGCCCUGCAUGUUUCGGUGGUGUAUUGUAUGGGAAACCUACUGACAAUGGUGGCGAUAUACAUGUCGCAACAGAUGGAAAUUUCCACCAUCGCCAUUGGCACUCUGCAGGCGGCUGUCCACAAUUCUAUAACCCAACUUAUUUUCUCCCUAAAGAUUUUGUUGAUGAAGUUGGCCACCAGAUAGAUUCCCAAUGCAAGCGGCCUCCUAAGGCUCGUAAGCUUGUUGUACCUGAUGAAGCCAUCAAUUUAUGCGAAAAUGCUUACGAGGCUGCUGAUGGGAAAAAGCAGAAGGCUGCUAUGGACAGUUUUGAUGAUACGGGAGUUAUGGCUCUCAUUUGUCGCCAUGACAUUCCUUUAUUUUUUGCUAACAUAGAUUCACCCGGCAAGCAAUAA